AGUUAUCAAGACUCAGGAGAUCAACGGCUUUACAAAAAUAUUCACGUAAACAGUUCCAGAACAUGGCGGACAAAUAUUGUUGAGUUGUAGACUACACCAUGGCUAUUCGAAGCCGUUUUCGUUCACUUCUUGGUUUAGAGGUAAGUGUUAUAUUACACAACUACUUCAGAUAUAUAGCUAGCCAGAAUACCUUUAGCGUUGUAUAACAAUUUCUCAAUGCAGAAUAAUACGGGGAAUUGAAUUUAAUAUGCGGAACUUGUACCUUGUAAAUGGAGUAUAAACAUGUCUAUUAUGAUUGGUAUUUAUUUCAUUUAUGUAGCACACGAGAAAAGAACUAGAUAGUGGAAGUUUGGAUGAAAACAGCAUUGGAACAGCUGUGUUUAAGGUGAUUCAUUUAUAGAAUUCUGGUGUAUGAGAAGUCUGUUUUUCAAAGUAUACAAAAUGUUUAAAUUGUUUACAAUGUAUGCUCAAUAAUUGAAAGGCACUCAUCCAUUUAAUAUUGCACUUUACCUGAUUUGAUUGCAAGUAUGGCUAUAUGUGAAUGAUUGGUCUUUUUGUUAUUGCAGUAUUUGGCAAAUGACAAAUGUCAUAAAUCUGGUUUUUAAUUAACAGUACAAUAAUAUAUUAGCCCAAUACUUUCCCAGUUAUAAAGCAAAUGCUGAAGACAUGCAUGAGCUUCUUAGGGGGUAUCUGGAGCUAUGCUCACCUGGGUAAAUUUUGAAAUCUGAGCUAUUAAGCUCCAGUUAUCCAUUGAGCAAUCGGUCAUUGGUUUAAUUUGUCCCCCAACCUUUUUUCGCUGACAAAACUAGGAAUAUUUAUGAAACAUUGCUAAUUAACACAUACAACAAGCUUAUGCAUGACAACAUAACAAAAUGUAUAACACCAUUUUGAAGAUUGGUGAGUUAUUAAUUAAAACACCAAUGCUGGAAAAUGUUCAAAUUGGGACGUUUUUAACAAAAUGUCUUCCUAGGAAAUUUUUUGUCAUUUAGAAUAUAAUAAAAUGCCAUACAAUCAAAUUGCAUGUCAUGUGUGGAGAUUGAUGAUGGUAGUACAGCACACUAUCUGAAACCUAGUUCUUGUAGGAAAUGUGUCAUUUUUAUCUUUGCUUCUUUUAGGACGGAGAAAGAGAAUUUGAAAAUGAUCCAUUAAGUAAUGAUGAGGUGACUGCCACAAGUUUAUUGUGGAUUAAACAGUAGUUAGUUGACUAUCACAUUCUUACUGACUAUUUCAUAUUUAUUGCUUAGGUCAUUUCAACAAUAGAGGAGAUAUAUUUUCACGAGGUUGAUUCAUUUGAUCCAAGUGAUCAUGAGCUGAAGGUAAUUUCUAACAGGAUCUCAAGAUUAGUGUUAAUGUGAAAUUAUGCAAUAUAUAUGGGCUGAAACAAACUACGACUACAGUACAUGUAACCUCCAUAUAAAUAGACACAUUGGGGACCAUAGUUUGCUGAACAACCAUUGUUUAUAAAUUUGGAGGUGUCCAAUUAUGUCCAUUACCUAUCUAACGACGUUCUGCAGCUUAGCCCCAUCAGGGCAUUAGCCAGAAGUAAAAAAAAUCCGCGUUUACCUGAAAUUGGGAAAUUUAUUUUAAAUUUUUUUCUCAGAAAUUUUUUUUUUACUCACCAAGGCGAUCUAAUCUUGCACAUUUAUUUAAUUAUUGAGUUUAUUGGGUUCAGUGGCGGAAAUUCACUUUUUCAGUUAAGGCAGGGCUCAAGAUUUGAAUUUUUUACUUGUAUCCAAGUGGAUACAAGGGUCUUAAAAUCUAGUAUUCCUAUUCGAAAUUUAGUAUCCCAGAUUUGGGUAGUAGGUAUUUCGAUAAGCGGUAUAUCCAAACAAGGUAAAUAACUGCCAGACAGGUCUGUAAGCAAGUACUACAAAACAUCUUAUCAUUUUUUUGACUAACAUUUUGCCAUGACAUACAAACUUCGCCAAUAUAUUCGAUUUUUUUAGUACCCCAUCGGGAUACUAAGCCUAUAAUAUCUAGUAUCCAAAAUUAAAAUCUGGUAUCCCAUGGAUAUCGGGAUACCGCUAAUCUUGAGCCCUGAUUAAGGGGGGGGGGGGGAGCAAAGCCUCCUAAAUUUCCGACAAAACUUUCAAAUUUCCGACAAAUCUCCCUAUUUGCACUCGAAAAGGCUGUUUUUAGCCCUUUUUCAGGUCAAAAUUUCCGAAAAUUCAUCAUUUUCCGUGAAGGUGGGGUUGGCCAUUGAUCGAGUAUCUCACUCACUGGUGAAUGGAUAUUGCCCAACGAGGUAUCUACGAUUUUAAUGUCCUUGUCCGAGAAGAUGCGAACGUCUGACCAUAUACUGUACUGAUGUCAAUGUAAGGGUGGCGCUUUCUCCUCAGUUAUUUAAAGACCUUGAGUAGAGUUGUUAACAAGGCUCGAACCCUGGUCUCCCAGCUUGAAAGGCAAGUGUGAUAACCACCAUAUCACAAGUUCUGGUGUUAAUUGAAGAUAUGCAACAAGAAUUGUUAACAAGGCUUGAACCCUGGUCUCCCAGCUUGAAAGGCAAGCAUGAUGACCACCAUAUUACAAGUACUGGUGUUAAUUGAAGAUAUGCAACAAGAAUUGUUUGUUAAAUUCUGAAAUUUUCAUGUUAGAAACUACCAGAGGUGUUAAACAAAGAGGAACUGGAUGAGUACAGAAAUGUAUUAAGAAGACAAGCUCAAGCAGUAAGAUUUUACGUAUAGACAUUGCCAGAUUGUGCACAAUAAAAAAACAUGCUCAUGUCAAAAAGCUAUCAUUCAAUAGUACAUUUUAUUAUAGCAUAUUAGUUUUUUAGCAGACCAACCAGAUAUUGCCCUGAGUUACUGUAUAGGGAUGAACAAACACGAACGUUUUAGUUUGGUCAGGCCUUUUGUUAAAUUUUCAGGUUUCCAAGAAACUGUACAUGAAAGUUCUGGAUAACCAGAAGGCGUAUAUGCAGGUUUGUAUAUUACUUAAUUGGCGUUUCUUCUGUUUGAAGUCCUCAAACAUUUCUUAUACUUACAAUUCUUCAAACAUAUACUUUUACUUUCUAGGAAUUGCAACGGGUUAUUGACAUCCAAGCGACUCUUGAACUCGCUAAAACAAUAUGCGAUAGUGGACGAAG